AUGAAUUUAUUCUAUGUUAUUUACUUUUUUCUGUUCCUUCGAAAAGCGUAUGCUGAUAAGAAUACUUUGCCAGUGUUCAUGAUUGACCAAGACCAAACCAUGCUCCAUAUCAGUUUAGAUCCCAACCCAUUUGACAAAAUGAGCACCUCAAAGUUUGCGAAUAUUAUCCACGAGUCAAUGAAACAUAGCUCAGGCAUUAUCAUAUUCGUUGAAGAGUAUUUUAGUAUUGAAGAUAUAAGUCUCAAGGAUAAAGAGGGUUCACCGUACGUAAAUUUGCGCCGCAGCAUGCAGGACAACAAAGCAAAAUAUUUUCCUGCUGUUAUAGAGCCUUACAAAUUGCUAUCACAGUUAUUUCCAGCUCACAAAUAUAACGUUUUCUAUCUCAAGUCUCGUACAAAGCUCGAGUUAAUGAAUUCUUUUAAGUAUUUAUAUAUAUAUUUUCAAGACGGAGUGAAUGAAACUAGAGCCAAUGUAUUGAGGCGUCAUGAUUUGAUUAUUCGUGAGGUUUGUUUCGUUGUCAGUCAGUUGAAACAUGCGCCUGUUAUUGCUUUUUACACGGGGAAGACUAAUCCAGUGAAAACUGAAAAGUUACAUUUUGUGCCGAUUAAACCCAUCCCCAUACCAAAAGAUUUAGGUGUAAUGGUUGUAUCAUCUGGUGGACUGUUUCGGUUUUCUGACGUGUUUGCAGCAACCCCGAAUCGUCGUUCAAUUUUCAACCAAUUGCCAAUGAUAGCAGAAGAAACAUGGUCAAGACAGAGCAUGUCCACCAAGAUGGCCUACACUGACUUCGAAUUGGAGUUUAACUUUAGCUUCUUGAAGGAUCGGUGGCUUUUAGAUAACGUGGCAUUGUUAGAGGCGGGUGAAGAGGUGGGACGUACGAUCAUGGGAGUCGGAGCCCCAUGGAACAUGUCGUAUGUUUGCGGAGAGCCUUUAGUUAUAGUCAACUCCAGGGACGGCAGCGCCGUUACUAUAUCUCGGUAUCAGAUCCAGCCCCGCAGGAGACACUCUCGGCGAGAUGAUACUGACGAAGAAGCCCCAGAGGCACCACCCGCUGAUGGGGACGGCGAAGACGGAGGCGGGGGCGACGGUGGCGGUGAUGCUGAGCCCCCUAGUUUCGACAAGAGCUUGAACUGUGGCCCUUACUUCAGUGCGCCUAUAGUGACGACCCUUAUGGUGACUUUCAUAUGUCUUUUAAUUUUAACAUACGGUAUUGUUUCCAUGAUGGCUAUUAGGAGUAAUGACCGCUACGAAGAUCCGAUGUCCAAGCCACUGCUGCAUCCAGAAAAUUAG